UUGAGGGAGAGUUCAGCUGGGAACGUGCUUUCUGCCAAAAGAAGCGAAAGAGGAUACAAAAACGCAAAAUACUCAAACUAAACAAAUGAAAACAUGCCUCAUUUUACUGUGGUACCAGUGCAGGAUAACUCACCGUCCAACUAUGACAGUCUGGAGGGAAUAAACUGGGUGGAUUACAGAGACACAGGACAGGGAGGAUACCCGGGACAUCGAGACACAGUUAGUUCGGAUGGUCAUGGAGCUCACAAAGAAGACAGUCCCUUCCUCAGCAGUUCAGACUCAGCAUCUAAACGAAAUGACUACUAUGACAGAAACCUGGCCUUGUUUGAGGAAGAGUUGGACAUCCGGCCAAAGGUCUCUUCUCUCCUUAGCCGACUGGUCAGUUACACAAACGUUACUCAGGGUGUCAAAGAGCACGAGGAGGCAGAGAAUGCAGAUGCAUCUACAAGAAAACUCCCUCAAUCUCCAAAUAUGGGCACACUGAUGGGAGUGUACCUGCCAUGUCUGCAGAACAUCUUUGGUGUGAUUCUCUUUCUUCGCCUCACCUGGAUAGUGGGAACAGCAGGUGUUGCCCAAUCCCUUCUCAUCGUUCUCAUGUGCUGCUCGUGUACAAUGUUAACUGCAAUUUCGAUGAGUGCCAUAGCCACCAAUGGUGUAGUCCCAGCUGGUGGAGCUUAUUUCAUGAUAUCUCGCUCUCUGGGCCCUGAGUUUGGUGGUGCAGUUGGUCUCUGUUUUUAUUUGGGCACAACCUUUGCAGCUGCCAUGUACAUACUGGGAGCAAUUGAAAUAUUCCUGAAAUAUCUGAUUCCUCAAGCCGCCAUAUUCCAUCCCCCAGGGGGCAGUGCAAUGCUUAAUAAUAUGAGGGUGUAUGGCACAAUUUGUUUGAGCCUCAUGGCUGUGGUUGUUUUUGUGGGGGUCAAGUAUGUCAACAAGUUUGCCUCUCUCUUCCUGGCCUGUGUCAUAAUCUCCAUCGUUUCCAUCUAUGCCGGAGCUUUAAAAUCAAUCUUCCACCCACCUGACUUUUCGGUCUGCAUGCUAGGAAACCGGACUUUGGUUCCGCAUCACUUUGAUGUUUGUGCAAAGACAGUGGUUGUUGGUAAUGACACUGUUCCCAGCAACCUGUGGAAGAAUUUCUGCAGCUCCGAAAACUCCAGCACAGUUCACUGUGAUGAAUACUUUCUGCAGAACAAUGUAACAGAGAUUCAAGGCAUUCCUGGGUUGUCCAGUGGCAUCAUCAAAGAGAACAUGUGGGGGGAUUACAUGGAGAAAGGACAGAUUCUAGAGAAAUCUAGUCUUUCCUCUGUUGAUGUCCAUGGCUCCAUGGAGAGUGUUGGCUUCUAUGUGACUGCUGAUAUUGCCACUUCCUUUACACUCCUAGUGGGAAUAUUUUUUCCUUCUGCUACAGGCAUUAUGGCUGGAUCGAACAGAUCCGGAGAUCUUAGAGAUGCCCAGAAAUCUAUACCUAUAGGGACAAUUCUGGCCAUUACAACCACCUCUCUUGUCUAUUUCAGCUCUGUGGUUUUGUUUGGGGCCUGCAUUGAGGGUGUGGUGCUCAGAGAUAAAUUUGGAGAAGCAGUCAGUAAAAACAUGGUAGUUGGUACACUGUCUUGGCCCUCUCCAUGGGUCAUUGUGAUUGGCUCCUUCUUCUCCACAGUGGGUGCAGGACUUCAGUCCCUGACAGGAGCCCCCCGCCUUCUGCAAGCCAUUGCUAAGGAUAACAUCAUUCCUUUCCUUAGAGUGUUUGGACAUGGUAAAGCCAACGGAGAGCCAACGUGGGCUCUUUUACUGACAGGACUCAUAGCAGAACUCGGCAUCCUAAUUGCUUCACUCGAUAUGGUUGCCCCUAUUCUCUCUAUGUUUUUCCUGAUGUGUUAUCUUUUUGUAAAUUUGGCGUGCGCAGUGCAAACUCUUUUAAGAACACCAAAUUGGAGGCCAAGGUUUAAAUACUAUCACUGGGCUCUGUCUUUUCUGGGCAUGAGUACAUGUUUAGCCCUUAUGUUCAUCUCAUCGUGGUACUAUGCCAUUGUGGCCAUGGGCAUUGCUGGUAUGAUCUACAAGUACAUUGAAUAUCAGGGAGCAGAGAAGGAGUGGGGAGAUGGGAUCCGCGGGUUGUCUCUUAGUGGGGCACGCUAUGCUCUUCUCCGCCUGGAAGCUGGGCCACCCCACACUAAAAACUGGAGGCCUCAGCUGCUGGUUCUGCUGAAGUUGGAUGAAGAUCUCCAUGUCAAGUAUCCCAGAAUGCUUACCUUUGCCUCACAGUUAAAAGCAGGAAAAGGCCUAACCAUUGUAGGAUCUGUUAUUCAGGGAAACUUCCUGGAAUGUUAUGGAGAAACACAGGCAUCGGAACAGGCAAUAAAGAACAUGAUGGACAUCGAGCGAGUUAAGGGCUUCUGUCAGGUUGUGGUAGCCUCAAAAGUGAGAGAGGGUAUUGCACACCUGAUCCAGUCCUGUGGUCUGGGAGGCAUGAAGCACAACACGGUGGUCAUGGGUUGGCCAUAUGGCUGGAGACAAAGUGAAGACCCUCGCGCUUGGAAAACCUUUAUCAAUACAGUGCGCUGCACUACAGCUGCCCACCUGGCUCUAAUGGUCCCAAAGAAUGUGUCAUUCUAUCCCAGCAACCACGAGCGCUUCUCCGAUGGAUACAUUGAUGUUUGGUGGAUCGUCCAUGAUGGUGGCAUGCUUAUGCUCCUGCCUUUCCUUCUCAAACAACACAAGGUUUGGCGUAAGUGUAAGAUGCGUAUCUUCACUGUGGCCCAAAUGGAUGAUAACAGCAUUCAGAUGAAGAAGGACCUGGCAACCUUUCUGUACCAGCUCAGAUUGGAAGCAGAGGUGGAGGUGGUUGAAAUGCAUGACAGUGACAUCUCAGCGUAUACAUAUGAGCGGACAAUGAUGAUGGAACAGAGGUCACAGAUGUUAAAACAAAUGAGACUGUCCAGUGCAGAAAGAGACAGAGAGGCACAGCUAGUAAAGGACAGACACUCAUUAGUAAGAAUGGGCAGUCUGUACUCAGAUGAGGAGGAAGAAACCAUUGAAGUACUGCCAGAGAAGAACCUGAUGACUUGGACCGUUGACAAGGUAGAAGCAGAGAGAAGAAACAGAAACAAUGCACCAGAAAACUUCAGAGAGCUUAUUAGCAUCAAACCUGAUCAGUCGAAUGUUCGGCGGAUGCACACAGCCGUCAAGCUUAAUGAGGUCAUUGUUAAUAGAUCCCAUGAUGCCAGACUGGUGCUGCUAAACAUGCCAGGUCCUCCACGCAAUCAAGAGGGAGAUGAAAACUAUAUGGAAUUUCUUGAGGUGUUGACCGAGGGUCUCGAAAGAGUGCUGCUUGUAAGAGGUGGGGGUCGGGAGGUCAUCACCAUCUAUUCUUGAAUGGCCAAAGAUCAAUACUUGUGUUAAACUAUGCCAACUACAAGUCAUAUUGAGUGUUAUUUAAAGAAUUUGCUUACUGAACUACACACAAUCUUUGCCAGACUAGAUUUUAAACUGAAGUGCACUAACUAUUUUCACUUCACAAUACCUUAUUGGUAAGUUUUAAAUGCGAUUUCAGGAAAACACAAAACUUGUGAGAAAAUUUGAGGGAAAAUGCUGUUGAAAAGUGUACAGUAGAAAAAACACAAAUGUGUUUAAGAGCACAGCACAUUCAGCCUUUGCACUAUAACAUUAGUAAUCCAUUUCAUUUAGGGCAUCAUUGUGAUUCUGGUAAUAUGUGAAAAUAAGUACAGUAUAUCCCUUAUGUCAUUUUUUUUAUAAAGUAUGAACACAUCUGUUGAUGGAGUUGUUACACUCCAUGCGUCAGUCCAAGAGAAAUUAAGGGUUGUGUCAGAACCAAGAAAAAUAUUGGCAGUUUUCUUAUUUAACGACUAGAAACUCAACAAACAUUCUUUACCCAUUAAUGAUAUUGUAACAUAUACCAUUAUAUUAAAUGACAAGAUUGUACUGAGCAUGAAAAAUUGUAAUCAACAAAAAGGUAUGAUCUGAACGAGUUCUGACUGUCACUCAGAAUACUGAGUACUGAACUUAAAUUUAUAUGAGAGUGCUCAUAUUUUUAUUUAUUGUUCCUUUAUUUAUUUAUAGAACCCCCCUACAUUUUAUUGAAAGUAUUAGCUUUAGAAAAGAACCAAAGGAUAGGGGGCAGGAUAGAUGUUGGAUAUAAUAGCUUUGUAGAUUUUGUAAUAUAUACAACAAGUAGAUUUGACCUAUUUUCAACAACAAAAUAACUGUUUUGUAAGUGAACUGUUUUUUGUAAGAAAAAUACUGAAGAUGCAUUUUAGUCUACAACUCACAAUGACAAGGAGGAAAUUUGGAUAUUGAUACAUACUCUAGAAGUCUUUAUUCUUUGGUAUAGCAUGAUUAUUGUACAGACAAAAUACAUUUGUUAUACAAAUAGAAGAAAUGUGGAAGACUGUAUUGACCAAUAACAUUGUAUUUGGAAUUUAACGUCAAUGUUCCAUUUGGAACAUAAUGUUCAUGUUCUAUAAAGAAUCUGUAAUAGUGUUCCAUGUUAAAGAGAACGAAUAAACAUUUCAACAAUGAAAAAAUAGCUUAUUUUGAGGAAAACAUUUUUAAACUCUAUAUCUUAACUAUAAAAACGAUAAAUAAAGUGCACUAGAAAUGAAAGAGCUACAGAUUCCAUAGAUCCAUUUACAAAUGUUUGUUUUAUUAUGUAAUGUCACCUAAUAAUUUUAUCGAGUAGCAAAGAAUGUCUAUUUUGAAAACAAAGUACAUUAAAACCAGUUAUCACACUCUUA